CCGGGGAAGGGGACGGGGCGUACCAAGGGUGAUGUGGGCGGGGCCGCUCCUGCGGGAUGGACGUGGUUCUUCUCGCCGCCGCAGCCGUGCUGCUGGCCGUCCUUCUCUUCUUCGCUACCCGCCUCCGCGGCCAAGCCAGGGCAGCUGACGAGGAGCACCAGCAGAAUGUGGCAGCAGCAGCAGCAGCAGGAGCCAGGCCCCGGCCCCACGGGGAGGAGCGAGCAGAGGGGAUGCCCAGGCGCCGCAGGAACAUGGGGAACAGGCUGAUGGCCCAGAGGAGAGCCCAGCAGGCUGAGGAGUGGCUGGAAGAGGAAGAGGAUGCUGAGGAGGUGCCAGAAUUUCAGGUGUCUGGGAAAAUUGGAGCCAAGAAGCAGAGGAAAUUAGAAGAGAAGCAAGCCAGGAAAGCCCAGAGAGAGGCUGAAGAAGCAGAGAGAGAAGAACGGAGGAAGCUCGAGUCAAAAAGAGAGGAGGAAAGGCGGAAAGAAGAGGAGAGAAUUCGUCUGGAGGAGGAACGACAGGAAGAGGAGAAAAGGAAGGCAAAGGAAGAAGAGGAGAAGAGAGAAUAUGAAGAGUACCUGAAGCUGAAGGAGAGUUUCGUAGUUGAAGAGGAAGGGGUUGAAGAAUCAAUGACAGAGGAACAGUCUCGCAGCUUUCUUAUGGAAUUCCUGGAAUAUGUUAAGAAAACAAAGGUGAUCCAGCUGGAGGAUUUGGCUUCACAUCUGGGUUUAAGGACACAGGAUGCGAUUAACAGAAUCCAGGACCUGAUGGCAGAUGGCACCCUGACAGGCGUGAUUGAUGACAGGGGAAAGUUCAUCUACAUCACCGCAGAGGAGAUGGCAGCCGUGGCCAAGUACAUCAAGCAGCGAGGCCGAGUCUCCAUCGCAGAGCUGGCCCAGGCCAGCAACUCCCUCAUCAACCUCCAGCCCGACAGCAGAGCUGUGGCUCCAACGCUGGCCUGAGAGCGACUCUGCAGGGGUUUAACCUCUUGAUGAAUAAACCACACAAUUAAAAGCAAACGAGGACCUCCCCAGUCCGCUCGUGGUGCCUGAAGGUAGGAUGCUCUUUGGAAGCAUCGGCUGCAAACUCAGAAAUUUGGUUUUUUCCUUCUGUUAGAGCUGGUGUUAAAUGGUUGAGUUGAUUGUCCAGGAGACUGGCCAGGAACUCAAACACUGCUGCACCUGUAACCCAGGAAGAUCAGUAAUUUAUCCCUUGGCAGCCGGUCUCGUGUUGCUAUAAACAAAGUUCUUAUUGUUUGUGGAUUCUGCUGUCUGUGUCAAAGAGAUUUGGGAUUGAUUGCAUUCAGGAUUCUCCAGGCUUGCUCUGCACCGUGGAGCUGUUUAACUUUGUGAUGGACACUGCCAUAGGUGUGUAGGUUUUGGCUGCUGUACCCACACUGGAAGGAAAGAGUAAAAAGAAAAUACUCGACGUGUGUCUUUGUUCUUUCUGAAAUAUAUCCUGCAACUCUGGAAUGAAUGCUUGCCCUGUUAAAAAUUCCAGGGGCUAUUUCAGGAAACCUUUGCUGUAUAAAUAUGCUUUCCUUGGUUUAUGUAAUACGAAAAGUUUGCUUGCAGAUAAGCUGCAUCAUUUCCCUGUAGCCAAGAGACAGAAACCCCUCCAGGGAAGGGCUAACUGGGCUCAUUCAUUGUUCAGGCCAGUUCUGCUGGUACCAAGCAGAUCCUGGUGAUUCAUCCUUUGAAGUCAGAGCCAGCUCAGAGUGUCUGAAGUUUUUAUUUUAAAACCCCCAAACCUGCAGAACACAGAGGCCACGGGCUGGGGUUGUCUGAGGCCUUCAGACACUCUGAGUCAUGCAAUUAAUGUUCCAGGUUAAUGAUUUUUAAUGUAUUAAUUGCACGGGUCAGUGUGUUUCCUACGUAAGAAUAUUUAUUUUUAAAACCAUUCAUUCAUUCUCCUCUCUGAAAUCAGCAGGGUUUAUGUGGAUAAACAGUAAUUGGGGAGGACAAGAAGUUUUUGUCUCUGCCAAACUUAGAGAUAACUCGAGCAGACUAAAAGCCACGUUAUCAGUGGGAUGAGACAGCAAUAAAACAAUGGAAGGAAACAUUUCCUUUUAAUCUCUGCACUGCUGCUGGAUGUGAGAGUGCAGCAGAGUGGAGUUCCACCAGCACCACGUGUUGGUGUGAAAGAUCAGCACAUCCUGAGUGCUGUACAACCACAGCCAGCAAAGAGGUUAUUUAACACUUGAGGCUUGUAAAGUCUCUUACUUAGGGAUUUCAGAUUAAAUUUGUAAAAAAUAUUUGGCUUUGCCGUUAUUUUCUUUGUUCUGUCUAAAAUUACUCUUGUAAUAAAAUCAACAGUAUUGAAAGAA